ACGCCUUGAAAAAUGGAGGAUAGUCGGUUCGCGAACUCUUCACAUAACUUUAUUGAGUCAUUAACACAUUUUAUUAUCUAUAAUUUCAGAGAAAUAUAAAAUAGAUAGAUCUAGACAAUCAUAUGAACUGUCUGUAUAGAAAAAUAUAGAUUCUAGUUCUACACAUGUUCUAGAAUCUAUAUUUGUAUAACUUAAACGUAAGAAAUGUUUAAAAAGGAAUAUCAAAAGUUUGAAAAAAGUGAUACAGCAAUCAAUUUGAAUGCAGUUGGCUGUUCGGAUAUCGAAUACAUAGAGAAAAUCUUUCUGAAAAUCAUGUCGCACGGGCCCAUAUUACGAAGCCAGCUCACCCGUAUACCAAACACCAACACCAACCAAAACAACAUGCUCCCCAAAUCAGCCGCGGCCAGACAGAGAAGGAACCUGGAGACUUCGGGCCACGGGAACCAGACCCACUCAGACAACGUCAGCCUGUACCGUCACCGGAGCGCCGAGGUGGUGAGCAAAAGACAGAUGGCCGCGCAGUGUGGGUUGUCAGCACUUCCGGUGACGUCAAAGGUCAAGCAGGAGAAGAAUUCCAACUCCAGUAACGGGGAAGCUGAGAAAAUGAAACCAAGUCAGACCCAGGUGAUCAUAGACAAUAUACAACAGGUGAACCUAAGAAGGGGCUUAAGCGGGUCAAAGGUUAGGAAGGGAUCUCUAGGCUCACGGACAGGAAGUGUGUCGCCGAGAAAUUCUUCCGUCCCCGACCCCGAGCGCCUUGAGAAAACCCCAACCUUCCUCUCUGCAACCCGACCCCUGUCAAAAAAGUCCAGCGUGCGGUCAUCACUGAUUGACCCCGAUGAUCUGGACGAGAAUGGCGUUGUCCAGCAGUACAAGUGGAACUCAAGCGACCAGGGUCUGAGGCUGCAGAGAGAACUGUCCUUUGUCAAUUCUUGUCGUUUUGUCAAGAAAGCCUCAGAGGUGUACGCCCAUCGCGUUGACCCCAUGUAUUUGAUGAGUGGUGCCAAAAUCGGUCUGGCUAAUCGCUACAGUAUUAACGAGGACGAGAUGAAGAAGCUGCACGAAAUGACACAGAUGAGGGAAGGAUUAGCCACGACCCUCAAGAAGAUGAAAUAUCCAGCAGCCCACAUAAACACACCAGUGCGAGUCAAACAUUCCAACCCCAAGACAGCUGGUUUAAAAGAUUCCACUUCCCAUCAACAUAUUAACAACCCAGAGUCCUUAGCAACCAAGGCAAGCAAUGCAUCCACAGAUACAGAUUCUAAUGGUUUUGAACCACCAAUAGAAACACAGCCUCAGUCUGACGUUGAUGAAACACAGCCUCGUUCUGGUGUUGAUGAAACACAGCCUCAAUCUGAUGUUGAUGAAACACAGCCUCAGUCCGAUGUUGAUGAAACACAGCCUCUUUUUGAAUUAGAUGAAACAUCCCAAGAAGCUAACCAAUGACAGUAGCUGUUACAUACAAUGUAUAUAUGAUUUAAACCCCUGCAAUUCUUUCAUAUUUUUUCAUUGACUCUCACUGCUCAAGACAAUCAUGACUUUUUAUAUAGACAAUAAAUCUAUGUUCCCCAUUGGUGCAUGCCGUCAGUCAAUGUAUUGGAAAGUAAUUAUUUCAUUAUUAAAAUGAUUGCAGUUGAAUACAAAUUAACAAAGUUUAACUGUUUUUAAUUAUAUAUUGAACCUAUUAUUAAAAUAAUAGAAUAUGUUGUAUAGUUAAUACAGAACUCCUAUUUAACAGUUUCUGUACUGUAAACCUUUCCACUAUUAAGCAGUGCUAUAAAAAGUAAAUGAUAUGAAAAG